AUGCGGUUACUCACUUUCUGUGCUUGCCUUGCUUUAUUGUGCACCACUACCGUGAACUCAGAGACGCAUUUUGGAGAUGUCAGACGUAGAUCCAUCAAGAGGCUAUCCAAUGCCAGCAAUGGAACGCCUGUCAUUAAUGUUGAUCAAAAUCCCACUGGAGUGCUCAACGCAACAGCCUGGUCUUUGAUCUAUACAUAUCCGCUGGCGAUAUUCGCGAGCUGGGCUGGUGGUGUCCUUCGUAAUCAUACUGUCAACACCAUCUUCCACCAGACCAAUCUAGCUUCGCCAGGAGAUCCAGGCGUCAUCAAGCCUAAUGUCGAUACACUGUACUCCCGAGUCGUGCUUGAUUUGUCCAAGAGUGACGUCGUGCUCACCGUGCCCAACAUUACUGAUGGAAGAUACUGGGUCUAUCCGGUCUACGAUCCAUUUGGCAACAACCAGGCCGAAACCGGCGUCGUCAAUGGUAACAAGGCAGGGAAUUAUUUGAUCAGGCGGGCUGACGACGUCUUCGUGCCACCGGGGUACAGCAACGAUACACGCACCUUCAACUCAUCCGCCUAUCAGGGUGUUGUCAACCUUCCAGGAUCUUGCGGCACCCUCACCCUUACAGGCCAACACCAAACCUGCCCCAUCCCUCCAACCACUGGCCCUCAACAACUCUCUUCUUGGCAUACAAGGCGCCCUUCUCAGCAACUCCAGUUCGCAGCUCGCAUCAUCCCCUAUACUCAACCGCAAAUCUACUCCGAACGGUACCGCGUUGCGUCCAUCCUGUCCUCUGCCGGUCUCUAUGACGGUCACUACCAACCACCUGCGAACCUUAAUCUCACGCUGGCGGCCGUCAUAGCCAACGCCUCAAUCACAGCGGACGUCGAGAACCCCUCCAUAUUCGUUCACAGGGCAAUGACUGGCAGCUUUUAUGUUGCUCUAGCAGGCUACCAGCGGCAGACCGUCCGUCAAACAUUAUAUCCAGGCUACAAAUCUCUCGGCUUUACAUCUCAAUUCCAACUUGAGCCCAACCAGUCUCUUCUCGUCACGUUUUCCGGCAAGCCAAAGCUCCAAAGCUCAGGCUUCUGGUCUCUCACUGUCUAUGGUGCAGAUCAAUACCUUAUUGCGAACGAGCUUAAUCGCUUUGAGGUUGGCGACCGUACUUACAAUCUCACCUAUCCAUACGGCGAUAACAUCUACGGGCCGAACGCAAACAGCAGUAGGGAUGGAUGCUUCCAGAUCCUUGUUCAACCAGCCAAUAUGCGACCACCCGCGAAUUGGACAAACAAUUGGCUGCCAACGAACAAAACUUUCAGUUGGAUCACGAGGUGGUAUGUUCCGGACGCGGCAACGACGAAUGGAUCCUACGUAUCCAAAGGUGGUGAAUGUGACCGCCAUCAGGGCCUAGGUAUGAAGUAG